AUGGAAGCCAAAGGGGGGGGGUGUGUCUGGAGAAAUGGGCGAGAGGCUGAUGAAGCGCGCGGGCAGGCGAGCGUGGAGACAGGGACGAGCAGCGUGUCUCUGUCGGCGCAAACACUAUGCUAUGGCAGCGGCGGCCGCGAUGGACCGUUGCGUCCCGAGCGACACACGGGCGCGGGUGCGUUGGUGCCAAAGUCUACCCAAGCGUGA